AUGGGGGUGGGAAAUGCAGGCACACAUAGAACCUACUUAAAACCCUCCAGUGCUUCCUACGCCCUGCUGUGCCCUAUGGAAUCCUCUCUGCCCCUCGAGUCUCAGAGGCAUCAGGCGGAGAGGGGUUCUUCCGCGCGCCCGGGGGAAAAAGAGUCCGCGCACUUUUCCUUCUCUUUGUGCACACAAAACGCACUUUCCCCUUUCAUCCCAGUCUCAGGGCCUUCCCCAGAUCGUCUCCGGAAGCUCUUCUUUGUUCAAACUCUCCUGUGCGUCCGUGGGACACGGAAGCUCGUCUUUGUUCAAACUCUCCUAUGCGUCCGUGGGACACUGGAGGUGGCCGGGAAGAGAACACUGGCGUUGUUUACAGACCCGCGCGGCCGAGAUCAGUCCGCGAGGGCGGGGCUAGGCGGCCGGCGCUUUUUUGUACGCUCCUCCCUCCCCAGCCUUCCCCCGCGAGCGGACGCGCCAGCGCCUCUGUCUCGCUUUUUCUUAUUUUCUCCCCCUUUCCCCUUCCUUUUCUUUUCUUUUUUUCCCCUUCCCCCCUUCCACCAUUUCCCCUCGGAGGCGUUUCCCUCGGGCAGGGGCAGAGCCGGCCUCACCCCGCGCCUCUCCCCGGCCCCCGCCGCCCUAUGGCGAGAGGGCGCCCCCUCCUCACCCGGGCACCAGCGGCGGCGGUUGGAGGAGCGGGACCGGCGGCGGCGGCCUCGGGCCCAGGGUCAUCAUGGAAUUAGUUCGCUGAGUGACCCCUCGGCCGCAGCCGUGCGUCCCGCCCGAGUACCCGCGCCCGCCGGCCCGGUUUGCCCUCUUCUCCCUCCUCAGACGGCCCGGCCCUGGUCCCGCGCGCCCCGCCGCCGCGCGCCGAGGAUCAUGAGGUGGUAACGGGCCCCCGGAUGACCCCG